AUGGCUAUCACUCAAGCACCUGUGGCCCAAGCGGUCACUGUAAGCCUAAAGGAUUUACAGAAUGGCACUGUCUCCUUCAAUACCUUGACUGCGGCCUUUGGUCCCUCUUCCCUGGGAAUAAUCGUGGUGAAAGACCUUCCCCCGCAUUUCGCUGAGCUCCGAGCUCAGGUUCUCUCGAAUGCUUCGUAUUUAGCAGCCCUUUCAGACAAGGAACUGGAAUCCCUCGAGAGCCCCAAAUCAAAAUAUCUAGUAGGCUGGUCAUGUGGCAAAGAAACGCUCAAAUCAGGUCACUUCGACACCCUGAAGGGUUCAUACUAUGUCAACUGUGCCUUCUACCAAGACCCAACUCUGGACAGCGCACCCGCAGACGGAUUCCCCGAUCUACCGCAAUACACAGCGCCAAACAUCUGGCCUCCCCCAGAGAAACUACCAACCUUCCGAAGCAGUGUUGAGUCUCUGUGCUCAUUGAUCAUCCAGACUGCAUCUCUUGUUGCGGCCUCUUGUGACAAGUAUGCCGAGGCGAAUAUCUCCGACUACAAACCAGGGUAUCUGCAACGAGUCCGAGACUUCUGCACUAUUUCCCUCUCGACAGAGGAACCUCAAGAGGAAGCUCAAGUAGAUGAUGAUGACUGGUGUGCUACGCAUAUCGAUCACGGUUGUCUAACAGGUCUUACCUCCGCGAUGUUCCUGGACGAAGAAGCUACACCCAUAGCACUCGACUCGGCAGGUUCUCCUCCCGCUUUAGCUGAGCUCCCUCAGUCUCCUGAUCCUUCGGCUGGAUUGUAUAUCAAGUCAAGAACGGGCGACAUUGUCAAGGUCAAUAUCCCGAAGGAUUGUCUCGCGUUCCAGACUGGCGAGGCGCUGCAGUUGAUUACGAGGGGGAAGUUCCGCGCUGUGCCGCAUUUCGUAAAGGGAGCUAAAUGUGGCACGGGGCGCAUUGCGAGAAAUACGUUGGCUGUGUUUACGCAGCCUAAUCUGGGGGAGGAGGUGGAGCCGGGAUUGAGCUUUGCGGAUUUUGCGAGAGGUGUUGUGCAGAGGAAUCAUUAG